AUGCUGCACCAAUUUAAUAUAACUGCCAGAAAAUUUAACAUGUUAAUUUCCCCAAAAAAGACAAGAUGCAUGGUUACAACAGCAAAUUUACUCAGAUGUAAAUUGGAGCUGGAAGGACAGAUAAUAGAACAAGUGAUGGAGUUUAAAAAUCUAAGCAUCACAUUAUUUAGCUUGGGAAAGCUCGAAACCGACGUGGAAGAUCAAGUGAUUAGAGCAAACAGAGCCACAGGCUGCCUAAAUCAAACAAUAUGGAGAAAUAAAAAUAUCGGGAAGUACACGAAAGACAGAAUUUACAAAACAAACAUCAGACCAAUAAUGACAUACGCGGCAGAAACAAGACCUGAUGCAGAGAGGACAAAAAGAAUGUUAGAAAUAGCAGAGAUGAAAACACUUAAAAAAAUUGAUGGUAAGACACUAUGGGACAGAGCUAGAAGUACAGAUAUGCAACGUAGAUGAAAGGUGAAGAACAUCAAGAACUGGGUAAGAAAUAGAAGAGUAGAAUGGAACAAUUAUAUAAGCCGA